GAGCGAAAGGCAAACAGCUAGUCUAAAAUGGCAAGAACUAAGCAGACCGCCCGUAAGUCCACCGGAGGAAAGGCUCCCAGGAAGCAGCUGGCUACCAAAGCUGCCCGUAAGAGCGCUCCAGCUACUGGUGGAGUGAAGAAGCCCCACCGUUACAGGCCUGGUACAGUUGCUCUCCGAGAGAUCCGCCGUUACCAGAAGUCCACUGAGCUGCUCAUCCGCAAGCUGCCCUUCCAGCGUCUGGUCAGAGAGAUCGCUCAGGAUUUCAAGACCGACCUGCGCUUCCAGAGCUCCGCCGUCAUGGCUCUGCAGGAGGCCAGCGAGGCUUACCUGGUUGGUCUGUUCGAGGACACCAACCUGUGCGCCAUCCACGCCAAGAGGGUCACCAUCAUGCCCAAAGACAUCCAGCUGGCCCGCCGCAUCCGUGGAGAGAGAGCAUAAGUACAGCUGAUCCAAGAAAACCCAACGGCUCUUUUAAGAGCCAC